AUGUCGCAACAAGUCGGUGCUAGUAUUAGAAGAAAGCUAGUUAUUGUCGGUGAUGGUGCCUGUGGUAAGACCUGUCUUUUGAUUGUGUUUUCCAAGGGUCAAUUCCCAGAAGUUUACGUUCCAACUGUUUUUGAGAACUACGUUGCUGAUGUUGAGGUGGAUGGCAGACGUGUUGAGUUGGCUCUGUGGGAUACCGCUGGCCAAGAAGAUUACGAUAGACUAAGACCAUUGUCGUACCCAGACUCCAAUGUUGUCUUGAUCUGUUUCUCUAUCGAUCUGCCAGAUUCCCUAGAGAACGUCCAGGAGAAGUGGAUUGCCGAGGUGCUACAUUUCUGUCAAGGGGUUCCAAUCAUCCUUGUAGGUUGUAAAGUUGAUCUAAGAAACGACCCACAAACUUUGGAACAAUUGAGAGCUGAAGGCCUACAACCAGUCGCUACUGCCGAUGGUCAAAACGUUGCCGACCAAAUUGGUGCCACUGGCUACUACGAAUGUUCCGCCAAGACCGGCUACGGUGUGCGUGAAGUCUUUGAAGCCGCCACUAGAGCCUCUUUGAUGGGUAAGCAAAAGAACACCGGUAAGAAGAACAAGAAGAACUCUGGUGAAAAGAAGAAGAGAAAGUGUGUUCUAUUGUAA